AAUAAUCUGAAGUAGCCAUGGAGAUAGCCGCCGCUAGCACUGUCUCCGUCGCGCCGCAAUUGCCCCGACUAACGAAUGCCUUUUCCAGGAAGCUAGGUUCCGUCUCUUCGCUUUCGUUCGGUUCCCUCAAGAGAAAUUACUGCGUUGGCAAAGUGUCUGCGUCCUCCUCCGUUGACGUCAUCACCGCCGAUAAAAUAUCUCCGGCGAGUUUUCUCGACAAGAGAGAAACCGGAGGAGUUCUUCAUUUCGUGAAGUAUCAUGGUCUCGGCAAUGACUUCAUCUUGGUUGAUAACAGAGACUCAUCGGAACCUAAGAUAACUCAAGAGCAGGCGGCGAAGCUGUGCGAUAGAAACUUCGGUGUUGGUGCUGAUGGAGUUAUUUUCGCAAUGCCUGGAGUCAAUGGUACUGAUUACACCAUGAGGAUAUUCAACUCAGAUGGAAGCGAACCUGAGAUGUGUGGCAAUGGAGUUCGAUGCUUUGCAAGGUUCAUUGCUGAGCUUGAGAACUUGCAAGGGAAAAACAGUUUUACAAUACAUGUUAAGGUAGAUAUGGGCAUACCGAUUCUUAAAGCACAAGAUGUGCCCACCAAGUUACCUGGAAACAAAGGGGAAGCUGUUAUUCAAGCAGAACUAGUUGUUGAUGGAGUAAGCUGGAACGUGACGUGUGUUAGUAUGGGCAAUCCUCAUUGUAUCACAUUUGGUACUAAGGGUGGACCGAUCCAGAAACUGAAGUUGCCAGAGAUUGGUCCAAAGUUCGAGCAUCAUGAAAUGUUUCCAGCUAGAACUAACACAAAGUUUGUGGAAGUCUUAUCACGUUCUCAUUUAAAAAUGCGUGUCUGGGAGCGUGGAGCAGGAGCGACUUUGGCAUGUGGAACUGGAGCUUGCGCUCUGGUUGUUGCAGCAGUCCUUGAAGGUCGAGCCAACAGGAAAUGCACGGUGGAUCUGCCUGGCGGACCAUAAGAGAUAGAGUGGAAGCAAGAAGACAACCAUAUCUACAUGACUGGUCCUGCAGAAGCUGUCUUCUACGGAUCAGCGCUGCUCUAAGGGGUCCUUCACGGUCAAUGACUUGUCGUCCCUCAUCGUUGUUGUUCUUUUGGGAUGUAUGUGUUGUAGUCUAAAGCGCGCUAAGCUCUUACAUUCCCCACCUAGAUUGUGCUUCACGGAACUGAUUCAUGAAUAUUGUCUUAUAUAACUUUUACCAUGUCAAGACAAAUAUGAACUUUUAUUGCAACCCUCAUUAGUCAUGGGUUCUUGAAAUAAUAUAA